UAACCCCCUGUGUUCCGGCAGUAUUAGCGCCGUCCCAGGGGCUUGUGCUGCCUGUUAGCUUCCCGAGCUCUCCGAGAAGAGGAAAGGAGGGACGGAGGGAGGAAAGGAGAGAGGGGAGGAGAAGCCUGCCUGCUGAGGAGCCGCAGGGAUCUGCGACAAAAUUAAAAAAAAAAAAAAAACACUAUGACAAUCUAAAAUCCUCCCAGCGCCAACCUCCAAAUUCUCGCUGUCACUUCAGACCCCAAAGAGUUGACAGAGACGCAGAAUUUCAAUUCCAAUACACUUGAAUGUGUUUCUGGACAAAGAAGCAAAGCUAACGAGGUACGAGAUUUAAAGAGUUUCUCUUGGGUAUUAGUCAAACUUUUAUUUCCUGGCUGUGUGAAGAGGGGAUUCAACUUGAAUUUUCUACCAAGGACCUGGGUACAGCCACCCACAAGAAGGCCUGGGAAACAUGAAGUCCGUGCUCGUUUUCCUCUACAUUUUGGGAACUGCGGCUGCAAUCCCGACAAAUGCAAGGUUCCUAUCUGAUGACUCCAAGCCAACUGCUGAUUCCUUAAGUUCCACCCAACAGGCUGAAGUGUUGAUAACACCUGACAACACUGCAAACCCCAUUUUAAGUGCCGAAGAUGCAAAAAAUGAAAAGGAAACUGCAGAAUCUGUAGAAGACCAUGCCAAGCACAAGGCUGAAAAUUCGUCAAUACUAAAAUCAAAAGAAGAAACCAAUGAUGAGUCAGCGGACCAGGAUGCGAGUUACAACCAAGAGCUAGGAUUAAAGAAUCAAGAGGAAAGUGGCAGUGAUAUCAGUGAGAAUUUGGGGGAUGCACCCACUGAGGCAACACUGGACCUACAAGAUGAUAUGAGUGAGCCUGAAAAGAAAAUACUCCCAGAAAGCACUGACUUCCCUGCUCCUGGUGUUAGUUCCACUGUAGAUUCUAAUCAACAAGAAAGUACCACAGAGAAAAACCAAGAACAGCCUACAAGUGACUCCAAUCCUGCGCUGAACAGAAGCAGCAAACGUAGUCAAGACCUAAGUGAUCAAAGAAACCAAGAGCAGUAUCCAAAUAUUCCCAGCGGUGAAAAGGAGGAGGAAAAAGAGUCUGAUGAGGUUGGUGCCCCCAGUGAUAACCAAGAAAGUGAGAGUGACUUUCCCAAGGAGAAUUCUAACAGCAAGCAAGAAGAAGAUAGUACCCAAGCUGAUGGUAUUGUGGAAGAGUACACUCAACCAACUCAAGUAAGCAACAUGCAGAAGGAUCAAUUUGAACAGGAUCAUCAAGAACAAGAAGAUGUUAACGCCAAUGCAGACAUGGAAGAGGAAACUACAUCACCAAUCAAUAAACACAACCAAGGUGCUGAAUGGCAGAGCCAAGAGGAGAAAUCUGGCCCAGAAGUAAACAGCAGCCAUGAAGAGGAGAGAAAGACUGAUUCUGAGGCUUUGCUGGUAGAGCCCGCCGCCACUGGUGAUGUCACACCGGCAAAGGGUGGCGCUGAUGAUGAAAGCGAUGACAGCCCUCCACACAGUGCGAGUGAUGACUACUCCAUCCCGAGCCAGACUUUCCUGGAGCGUGAACGUCCUCAAACCAAUGGCCAUCACAUCAAAAAUGAGGAGCAAAAAGAAAAAGCACGUGAGAAUGAAAAUGUAGACACCAGUGAACCUGGAAAACACCAAGAGGUUAAGAAAGCAGAAGGCUCACCUCGUGAAGACGGAGGUUCCAGUGAGGGUAACUCAAAGGUGCCCAUUGUUGAUUCUUGCUUGAACUUCCAGUGUAAAAGAGGACACAUGUGUAAGGCUGAUCAACAGGGAAAACCCCACUGUGUUUGCCAGGAUCCAGUGACUUGUCCUCCUACAAAACUCCUUGACCAAGUUUGUGGUACUGACAAUCAAACCUAUGCUAGCUCUUGUCACCUGUUUGCUACUAAAUGCAGGUUGGAGGGGACUAAAAAGGGACACCAAUUGCAGCUGGAUUAUUUUGGAGCCUGCAAAUCUAUUCCUGCUUGUACAGACUUUGAAGUAACUCAGUUUCCUCUAAGGAUGAGGGACUGGCUCAAGAAUAUCCUCAUGCAGCUAUAUGAGCCUAACCCUGAACACCCUGGAUACCUAAAUGAGAAGCAGAGAAAUAAAGUCAAGAAAAUUUACCUGGAUGAAAAGAGACUGUUGGCUGGGGACCAUUCCAUCGAUCUUCUCUUAAGGGACUUUAAGAAAAACUACCACAUGUAUGUGUAUCCUGUGCACUGGCAGUUCAGCGAACUUGACCAGCACCCAGUGGACAGAGUCCUGACCCAUUCGGAGCUGGCUCCUCUCCGAGCCUCUCUGGUGCCCAUGGAACACUGCAUAACCCGCUUCUUUGAAGAGUGUGAUCCCAACAAGGAUAAACAUAUCACCCUGAAGGAGUGGGGCCACUGCUUUGGAAUUAAAGAAGAAGACAUAGAUGAAAAUCUCCUGUUUUAAGAUUUGAAAGAACUCACCUGUCAUCUUCCUGACUACUUCUGAAAUAUAUGCAGCUAUGAUACCCUGUAGAUUUAGCAAAAUGUUUGCAUGUCUCAGAAGACAAUGAGAGUAAACUGCUUGAUAACAGUAGAUACACCAGGCAUUUAACAUUAACUCUGGAAAUAAAAGUUAUAAAUUAAGUAAGGUCAAUAUAGACAAAAUACUGUAUGCUAUUUGUGAACAGCAGUUUAACUUAUCACUCUGCAUCCAUUUAUGACAUACUAAUUAUAAAACUUGAAAAACUGAUAUGUUCAUUCUAUCAAUAAAAUCAUAUACACACCAAGAAUAUGAAACAAUGCUCUUUCAUUGUUAAUGUGUAUUAUUUUCAAUAUCUUAAUAAACAACCAUAAAAUCCA